CUUGAUUCAUCAAUCUUUCCUCCCUCAUUUCCAUCUCGUUCUUCACUUUUCAUCUUCAUUAACAAAAUACAUAAAACACACACGCAUCUUGUCAUUUUCUUUCCAAUUUUCUUCCAUCAAACAUGAGCUGGAAGGGACUCACAAAGGCUGUCUCGCGAUUGCCUCAUACCCUCUCCACAAAGACCGGCAUUCGUGAUUCCACCAUUGAUCAUGAGUUUAAGGAAAUGGAGAAAAAAUUCACGGAUUGUGAGAAGGCCACUUCUUCAUUAUUGGGUGAAGUAUGCAAAUAUCGUGAUAGCGUCACUGCACUAUUGAACCAUCAAGCGGAGUUUGGCAUUGUGCUUUCAGAGAUUUAUGAUCCCGCAUUAGGCGAACCCAGCGGGGAAGUGACUCCGCGCCGCGCACAAACCGCGCCCGAAUCUAUUCAAGCAGUGGAUGAUUUCCAGGCAGUCAUGCGAGAAAUCAGAGACAUCCUCUUGCCCGAAGUGGAUAAAUUAGAACAGCAAGUCGUUCGUCCUUUGACAGAGAUGCAAAACUUGAUGAAAAUGAUUCGCAAGACGAUUGUGAAGCGCGAACACAAAUUGGUUGAUUAUGAUCGCUUCAGGAUCUCGUUGAAGAAACUACAGGAUAAGAAGGACAGGACACUCGGUGAUGAGAAGCAGAUCUUUAAGCUCGAGUCUCAAUUGGAAGUGGCGACUGCGGAUUAUGAUGGACUCAAUAAUCUACUCAAAGAGGAGCUUCCGGGAUACUUUUGGCUGCGUACGCAGCUGAUGGAGCCUAUCUUUUAUGCAUUCUUCUUUUUGCAGCUACGCAUCUCCAAUAUCCUCCUGGAUCGGAUUGACCCACUUGCCAGGAGCGGAUACUAUGAUUUGACUAUGGAUGUCCUGCAGGGCUAUGAAAGCCGUAAAGGCGACAUUGCUCCUACACUUGAAUCGGUUGAGAUUAUCACAAAGCGAUCAAUUUCCACUCCCUACGCGAGCAAGUACGGUAGAUCUUCUCACGACAUUAGCUCUACAGGAAGCAGUCCUGAAACACCAAAAGCAUAUGGAGGGGCUUCAAAUACAUCUCUGACGAGUCCUAAGCCCUAUUCACCCCCAGCACCGCCAGCAACUAAACCUUGGCAGGCUGCUACAACACUUAAGCCAUGGCAGCAACAUGCCUCGUCAUCGCCGUCAACUACAAGCUCUACUGCACCAGCUCCCAAACCAUGGCAGGCUGCUCCCAAGGCCGCGCCCCCCGUUCCAGCGCCCAAAGCUUGGCAAGCUGCAGGAGCACAUCCAUCCUCACCUGCGACUGCCCCAAAGCCGUGGCAAGCAGGAACAGCAACAAGUCGGGCCUCACAUGAAUCCUCGCCACCACCAGCAUAUUCAUCACCACGGGCAGCAAAUGCUACUGCUGCAAACACAUCUCCUGGGUCUUCAUCCAGAAGUGGACCCAAUAUUCAUCUCCACGUCAGCCCAUUCAGUACUGGCAUUGCGGGCGCAGUGGCAGCAACAGCAGCAAAUGCGGCACUCAACGCAGGGAAGUCAGCCGUUGCAGCAGCCAAGAAGCCUCCACCGCCACCAGUACCAAAGCGACUGGGAGCCCCCAAGAUGGUCGUAGCGCUGUAUGACUAUGAUGCACAGCAGGAUGGGGACUUGAGUUUCAAGAAGGAUGACCGAAUCGAGAUAGUGGAACGAACAGCAAGUGCACAGGAUUGGUGGACAGGCAAAUUGAAUGGUCGACAAGGUGUCUUUCCAGGCAACUAUGUUCAAGAACUUUAACUAAUGAUAUAAUAAGAAAAAAAGAAAAAGAAAAACAGCACCGGUAAAAAACGAAAGAAGUCUCGAUCAUUUGAGAACUACUCAGAGGUCUAAUACUACAUAAGCAUAACACGCGUCUGUGACUUAUCAUAGGCGAUAAUUAAUAAAAAAGGUUUCCUGUUUUGAAUUGUGGGGCUGAAAUGAC